AAAUUGAACUGUAACCAUGUGACUAGUCAAUACAUAAGACAAGUAAAAAAUAACUAGUAGCUGAGAUAUAAGAAUUGUUAUAACAUUACUAGUAACAUUAAUGUUACAAGUGUUCGUGUUUCCCAUACAUUAACCCGCCACAUUCUAGUUUGUCCUGCCACUGUCUCAAUGUUAAACGGAAAUUAGGCCUGUUGCGAUAUUUAAUUAACCGACUGAUAAUUGUGCUCUAUACUGCAAAAGUGUGAGUCAUAGAGCAAAAGGAAUAGACUAGCACCAAUUAUGUUUUCAUGUACUAUAUUUAAAGUCAUCUGAAGCCAUUCCAUAGCUUCAUGUGAGGGACAGAAGAAUGUGUAGCCUACAUUUAAGUUAAAUUUAAGUUCAAGGAAACUCGUCUUCCCUCCGCUGUAGCUGUCAAUCAUUCUCCAUUCAGCACUCAAACGGCACGUCGUGUUUGGUCACAACAGUUAGCAUGGGUGUCUGUUAGAUCGCACAACACAAGGACUAUGAAUUGGCAUCACACGCACAAUAACUGGAAUUUAAAAGAUUCCAUUGUCAGACGCUUUAUCAUGACUGAUAGUGAGGGGAGAGAACACUUUCAUUACUUGGAGAGAGGAGAGGAUUCCAUUGUCAGACGCUUUAUCCUGACUGAUGGCGAGGGCAGAGAACACUUUCAUUACUUGGAGAGAGGAGAGGUAAGUGUUCCCAUUUCAGCCCUGUACCAGGCGCCCGGUCCCAGUGAAGAGAUCGGCGAUGAGGAGGAAAAGAGCAGCACAUGGAUCCCGGUCCAUGAGAGCUCUCAGGCACAGGGGUCUGGGGCCCGGGACCCCACUCCAGAUUUGGUCUCCGAUGAGGAGGAGAAGCCCCCCUACCCGAUGCUUGCGCCUGUGGUGUUCUUCUGCAUCAAACAGACCACUCGUCCACGUAGCUGGUGUCUCAGGAUGGUUUUCAACCCAUGGUUUGAGCAUGUGAGCAUGCUGGUGAUUCUACUGAACUGCGUGACUCUGGCCAUGUUCCAGCCAUGUGAGGACCUCAAGUGCCAGUCUGAGCGGAGUUGCAUCUUACAGGCAUUUGAUGACUGCAUCUUCACCUUCUUUGCUGUGGAGAUGGUCAUUAAAAUGAUAGCCCUGGGGAUAUUUGGAUCAAAGGGUUACCUUAGUGACACAUGGAAUCGCCUGGACUUCUUCAUUGUCAUGGCAGGGAUAAUGGAGUAUUCACUGGAUCAUAACGCCAGCCUGUCAGCCAUCCGGAUUGUGCGAGUGCUCAGGCCCCUGCGAGCCAUCAACAGAGUGCCUAGUAUGAGGAUACUGGUGACCCUGCUUCUUGAUACUCUGCCUAUGUUAGGCAACGUCCUCCUGCUGUGCUUUUUUGUCUUCUUUAUAUUCGGCAUUGUCGGGGUGCAGCUGUGGGCUGGACUGCUUAGGAAUCGGUGUUUCAUGCCAGAUGACGUGAAAGCGUAAGUACUGUCCUGCUCUUAUCUAACCGGCAGCCUUCUUCCCCUCUUCUCCUCUUUUACC